AUGUGUGAAAAUGAUAUGCAGAUCGUUAUUGCCCGCGCGCCGCCUCGCGCUCUCAUUUGCCCGCGCCUUAUCGGGCGGCCGUUUUUAUUCAUCCUGCGAUUUCUGAAUUCAUUACCCGCAAUGAGAUCAGUCCGCGAAGGGCCGCGCUCGCGCCGCCCGCCGCCCGAUGCGGCCGAUAAGCCUCUCGAGACAUAUCACUUGUCUGUUCUGUUCUUAUACAGGCUAAAUGUUGCUAAACUCGCCUGUAAUAGAGAUACCAUCAUAUUUAAGUUGCCAGGACAGUAUUUCACAUCUAGCUCU